AUGUCAGAUAACGAGUCUGAAGCAAGAAAAAAGAAUAACGAUGAACCGCGCAGCACGCGGGCGACAUUGCGCGUUUCCACUGACGCAUCCGAGAUUUGCCGGGUCAGCGUCAAAGUACCACCGUUUUGGCCGGAGGAGCCGGAAAUCUGGUUCGCCCAGAUAGAAGGACAAUUUCACGUUGGAAACAUUACACAGGACGUGACGAAAUUCAACUACGUCGUAAGUCAACUAGACCAACAAUAUUUAAAAGAAGUGAAAGACAUUGUCAUUUCCCCUCCCGCCACGGAAAAAUAUGAUAAAUUAAAAGCGGAAUUAAUCAAGCGACUCACGGCUUCAAAGGAAAAGAAGCAACUACAGAUGGUAAUGCACGAAGAGCUUGGGGACCGAAAACCAUCGCAGUUUUUACGACAGCUAAAAAGCCUGGGAGGCCCAACCAUGCCUGAAGAUUUUAUAAAAACCCUGUGGACAACGCGUCUUCCUAUGAAUAUCCAAACUUUUAUCGCAGGACAACCUGAUACCAGCUUGGAAGAUCUCGCAGAACGGGCAGAUAGGAUAAAAGACUUGGCAACCUCACCUCAAGUAGCCUCCACAUCUACGUCCGGGCCUGGAUCCCACAUGGAAUCAUUAGCCAACGAAGUAGCCGAACUCAAAAAACAAAUGCAAUCAAUGCACAUGAAGCUGGACCGCAACAACCGCUACCCACGCUGCUCGCAAUCUUAUCAGCCAUCUCGUAGCCAGUCAGGGCAACGAUCUAACUCAAGCUACCGCAAGUUCCCAGUUUGCUGGGUUCACGCUAAAUACGGGAAAAGGGCUACCAAAUGCAUUAAACCGUGUGAUUUCGGGUCGGAAAACUUAUCGGGCAAUCAGUAG